AUGAUGGCCGUCGGGUCGCCGUUGUCUAUACUAUCGUAUCAAGACACUUCCAGUCCGUAUGCCGGGUCCGACCACAUGUCUCUUGAAGGCUCUCCCUUUCCGAGUGCGAGGAAUUCGGGCUACUUGACCUCACAUUCGGAUCCGAUGGGCGCAACAGAUACGCUAACUUCCUCCAAACAACACGAUGCGGAGACCGAGAAUAAGCCGGCGACGUUGAUUCGGGGAACUGGUGUCUCGCAGUCUGGAUUGACGAUCCAAACCGGAUGCACGCAUCAAGUUGGGAUCACCAACAGAUCCGACGAGGAUGAACCUCCUCAGUCGGUCAUACACGCCCCGCCUGGAUUUGGGGAUUUUAGCUGCCAGGAAGGUCCAGAAAGGUACUUCAAACCCCCCAACCCUCCAACCCACCAAAUCUGGAACAUGAGGGGCGUCGGUACUAAAUCGGUGGACGUUGCAAAGGUCGGGAACAGCCCCAUAUCACCGCCUCCUUUAACAACCAACGUCACGCCUGCAAAAGACUGGUCUGAAAGGGCAACACCCCGUGCACAGACGCGACAUGAUUUUGAGGAAUCUGAACGACUUAUGCGUUCAAGCAGCUUAGAAGGCACUUUCGGCAAUAAAGCUAUUGAAAUCAAUGCUUUGCGAGCAGCCCUCACCGAAUGCUGGACAUUGUGUAAUACCCUGGCUAGUCUAAGUUAUAUUAAUCGAGAACGGGUAUUCCGAUCGCACGAGGACGAUAUCCAGGAGGAUGCCUGGAGGUCCUGCUGGAGGCUUUGCCAAAAGUUGUAUGACACGCGCGAUCACGAUUACACAUCCCAAGUCAACCCAACUCUCGAUCUCUGUCGAGACUUCUGCCAGGCUCUCUUUGAAGUCCGCGUGUGCGACAACGAUCUCGCAGACUCGGUUCUACGGGUGAGCUUCGAACUCAACAAUCACUUAUUCAAUACGCACGAUCGCAACCUCCCGGAUGCUUUUCGUGAGCGGACUUUGGAUUUCUAUAUAACCCUGUGUCAUCGCCUGAUGAAACAACGAACGCGUUUGACCGAGACCGAUUCUCUACUUAGCGCCUGCUGGACACUAGCCGAGAUGCUGUUUAGUAUGCGCCAAAGUAAGAGAGAAGGGAAAUUCUUGGAUGAGGAAAUUCUGGGUUCUGCAGUGCAGGCCUGCUGGGAGCUUUGUGACAUCUUCCGUGAGGGCUGGACCCUGCAUAGCAUGCGUUAUUCGGACCGAGGAACACCACGACCAAGCCAAACGACAUUUGCUCAAGCAUUCCAGCAGGCGACCCAGCAGUCCGAACUUGAUUUCGCGGAUAACGCGCUGGGCCAAGUCGGAAACCCGGAAACGCCAACGACAAUCUUCGAAGACACCGCCACUGUUUCUCCUGAUGAAGCACCUGCCCCCAAUAUUCUCGUCCUUGGCCAUGGAGACGGUCAUGCCUCUCAUUCUUCACAUACCAAGUGGCCCUCAAGUGAAUCGAGUAUAUCGGAGAAGUCUCGGUCGUCCGGGCAGACCGCUUCGUCUGCCAACACCGUGACAACCAUGUCGGAAGAUCCCAAUUUCACCCGACUAAAGGUGCUUAUCACAAAGGCUGCUAUCGACAGUGGGUAUCAACGCGGUGGUCCGCAAAAUAUGCCCUCCUUUGUCAAAUCGCUUCCCUCGGAUGCCUUCGGCUUGAUCCCGUGGCAAACAUCGUUGUUGAAGAACUAUCAAAAGCUGGUGUCGUUUGAUCCCGCAUUCAGAAAUGCAGGCUUCCAGGCCCGUGUCAGCGCCAUUGAGGUUGCACACGCGUGUCAAGCAAUGGUUCAAAGCGGACAGUACUCGUGGCUGCGGGAUCUCUACCGGCUAGUCUUCGGGUUCCAUGUGGAGGAGGCCAUGGGUCGAAAGGGUGUGAUCAUCCAAACCUAA